UUUCGGACUCUGCCGAUAAAAUUUCCACUUGGUUCAUGUCUGUGCUGUGCAUUCUGACAUCUAAUUUAUAAAAUUUACAUUGUCUACAUGAGAAAAGUUAAUGUAAAUGAAGAUAAUAUAUGAUAAGAUGUAAGCAGUGAACGAAUAGACCAAAUCAUAGUCGAGAAUUAUGGCAGUGGCUGUCAUUUAAGAGAAUUUAUUUUCAUCAAUCGAUUCUUUUCAGAGAAUCGAACAUUCCUAUCUCUGAUACUGCACUAGAAUCGGACUGAAGAUUUCGGUGGAAACUAGACCACUAUUGUCAAAGAUAAGAUCUUCGUGCGCAUGUGUAAUACAUUUUUGCCUACGUAACUGACACGUGAUAGGUGAAGAACAUGCUGGGCUAGAGGAAUUUUGAGAAUUCUUCAUUGUCCGAUAAGCCAUCCAUUUCUUCUCGUCGACAAAGGAGCGGCGAGAAAUCACGAGUAUUCGCUGCAGACAGACUAUAGGCGAGGAGCGGUGAAAAACAAAGAACGAGAAAAAUUAAAGGAGAACAAUUUUAGAGAGUUAGGUGAGGAAGUACAUCUUGAUAAAGCGAGUGCAAGCGUAGCGACAAGGAUCCGGAGUAGAUACGGUCGAGGAAGACACGGAAAGUCGAAGAAGCUCGUGGCAAUGGACGAGAGUAUGCUGAGGGAAUUGUUUAACAAAUUGGUGCUUCUGCAACAGUCAAUGAACCAAACUAAUUUGGCGGUGGCAUCGUCGGAGUCCUUAGGCAGUACCUCUGCAUCCCAAAGUCUGUUGGACGCUUCAACGCCUGUUACCAACAAUCUUAUCUCCAACACUGGCUCUUCGUCGGUGGAUGCAGAAGAGACAAGUCAACAGACAAGACAAGACGCACGUCGGUGGAUCGCGAGUAAGAUGAAGAUGCACCGUAAGCGAGGAGUGGCGAAGAGAAAGCGACCGAAGAAUCCCUUUACGGCGGAGAGUAUGCUGAGCGAAUUGUUUAAGUGCUCGGUGUGUCUGGAGCAGCUCAGCCCGUUCAACAAGAUGCUGCCGUGCCAGCACACGUUCUGCGAGAAGUGCCUGGAGACGAUUGUUAGCACCUCUCAUGAGUUACGCUGUCCGAUGUGCCGCCUUCUCGUCAAGGUUAAGGUGGAUGAACUGCCACGGAACAUGUGGCUGUGUCGUAUGCUUGAAGUAAUGUGCAACGUGACGCCAACGAACCAAACUAAUUUGGCAGGGCCAUCGUCGGAGUCCUCAGACAGCAUCUCUGCAGCGCAACAGGCACAGUCGACAUCGAGCCUGGCUCAACCUCAAUCGGGUGCGCUGACUGAAGGGCAGCCAGGUUCGCAGCAAGCUACGCAAGGGCAAAUGACUGGUACUGGCGCUCCAACGGCUGCACCGGGACGAUCCGUAGUCGGUGCCGGACAACAAGUAGUCGCUCCGAACGUAUCUCUUUCUUUAAAUUCCGAUCCUAGUACGGUCGGGGUAGCCGGCAAUCAGACGGUACCCACGACCGGACCAUCAUCCGCCGCAGCAGCGGCCGCUGCCAAUAUACAGCAGUCCGUUAAUAUGCAAACACUGUUCGGACUGAACGAGUCCGGGCAACCUAGCGCAAUAGGCAGGGAAAAUAGAUUAGCGAAUCUACAGCUUCCAGGCGGUCUUCAACCCGGUCAAGUCACAGCGACGCCGGUGCAAGGAACGAAGGAGUGGCAUCUCUCUGUCACUCCAGAGCUCAGGAACCAUCUGGUUCAUAAAUUAGUUAAAGCAAUAUUUCCGACUCCCGAUCCACAAGCUAGGCUCGAUAAUAGAAUGCACCAGGUGGUCGCGUACGCAAGGAAGGUGGAAGGUGACAUGUACGAAAUAGCCAACUCUCGAACGGAAUAUUAUCAUCUGCUAGCUGAGGAAAUUUACAAGAUUCACAAAGAACUUGACGAGAAACGACAAAAGCGAAAGGAACAACAGCAGCUACAAGCUCAGCAGCAGCAGCAGCAGCAACCACCACCAGGAACAUCUGGUCCUGGACUAAGACAAUGCGCACCUUCAAAUGUAGGUACCAUUAUGCCAGGGGCGUCGAAUCCUGUCGGGGCGGUACCACCUACAUUAAGAAGUCAUUCGCCAAGCAUGAGUCAACUCGGAACGAUACCAACAAUGGCCAUUCAGCCAUUCCUCAAUUACUGACAACAACACCGGGACUCUCACCUGACCAAAGCGAUAGUAGGGACAUUAGAGUGGCGGAUACUCAUCCUCUAAUACUGUUGGAGUUUCUAAGGCCUCUGGGCAACGUUAGAUUAGCGCAACCUCAAACACAGAGCGAAUUGCGUUUUAUUAUAAAAAUCUAUCAACUGGUUGGAUUUCUCUUUUAAAUUUAAAACAUUUUAUAUAAUUUAUUUAUACGUCUAUAUACCAUGGACCUAGCAUACGAAAAGUAUACUUCGUUAUAUUUUAUUUUUCUAUUCUGUUAAAAAUAGCAAAUACGACUUGUAUAAAUUUUUCCGCGAAAAGCAACACGCGAUGGGCGCCCAUGUAUGUUUCAGCUGCACCAGAAGAAUCCGUAGUCGGUGUUGUACAACAAAUAAGACGUCGCUCUAAACGUAUUAAUUCCUUAAAAUUCCGAUCCCGGUACGGUCGCAGUAGGCGGUAAUCGGAAGGUAUCCACGACCACACUCAUAUUCGUCGCAUCGGUAGCUGCAACCAAUGUACAACAGUCCGUUAACAUGCAAACACUGUUCGGACUGAACGAGUCCGGGCAACUAGCAAAUUCUUCACCGCUCGAAGUAGUCGGGACACGGCCUCGAAAUGACUUUAAAUUUUGUUCAAGCUACAUUUAUCUUAUCGCUAGUUACCUUACGCUAUUUUAUUCAAAAUAUCAACGUCUUAUUUUUAAAUAUGUUUUAUACCUAUACUACCUAUCCUAUCAUGUAAUCAUUUCACUAUUAAAAACCAAUCUUUUUUUCCACUUACUUUUAUUUUCUCCUGCUUUUCUCCUUGGUGCUUGCGGUUGUGUCUGUGGUGUUCCCAAAUAGCAAACUAAUGUUAUUUAUCGUCAUUUUGUCAUUUACUAGAACAUUUUGAACAUUUCGGCGUCAAAAUGACGACAAAUAACGUUGCUAUUUAGGUUGAACUCGAGUCCCAGAACAUUGCAUAUAUACUUUUGCAAUUUUAGAUCAUAAAAAUAUAUUAUAAAUAUCUUAAAAAUGGUUGAAAAAUAUAUCAGAAAUGCUCUGAAAAAGGAUCUGGAGAUCCUAACAAAUAA